AAAAUUAGUAAGAAAUACAGGUCAAAACACUGCACGCGGGCCCAGUGCAGAUUGGUGGGUACUAAUGACAGUAAAUGCAGACGGACCAACAGACCUUUCUAAAACCUCCAUAAUCUUUAAAUUGAAAAGUAUCUUUUUAUAUUUUUUUUUGUCGCUAUCCUAGGAUCAGCCAUUGUAAGUUGCUUAACGCUAAUGGUCGCAGAUAGAAUGCGUUAAUAACUGCGCUAUCAAGGUGCAUUCCCUUCAGCUUCACUUUCGCAAUGGACGUUGAAACGAUGGGAGACUAAUUUAUUUUAAUAAACAAUGCCCUUUUUAAAAUCAAGUAUCAAAGAGGCGUGAAGAAGUAACUUGCAGGCCGGCAAGGUGAGGAUGGCUGGUGCGGCAGGUAGAACUGCUGUACCAGCUAUCUUCACGUCUGGACUUCACCGUCAAUUAACAUCAAAUGGGGUGGAGUCAUUUGGCAGACAUAUCUAUAAAAAAAACUCAACCUGCAUGUGGCCGGCCGCAGACAAAUAUUACUUUGGUUGCUAAGCAACGAGAUGUCAACAUCAAGUUUGUUGCCAAAGUCAUAGGACAGAAAGUUUGUGUGUGGUGAUUUUGUGGAUGAAAUAGGAAGUAAACUGUAAAUUAAUUAAAAUGAAGGCGGUAGUGAAUACAAUAUUAUUUGACAUAUCCAAGAAUGAGCUAUUCAAGAUAAAUGAGAAUUACAAGAUGUUGCAUCGCAAACUGAAAACUACUUGGAAAGUUAUGAUCAACCGAGAUGAGUUAUCAGAAAACAUAUUGCAAGAUGUCAAGAUCCUAGUGAUACCAGGGCCACAGAACGCGUUCACAGAUGACGAACUAGCCAGCAUGAAGAGUGUGGUGGAACGAGGGGAUUCGGUACUGGUCAUCAUGACGGACGGAGGAGAAGAGAGGAUGAACACGAACAUCAACUUCUUUCUGGAAGAGUACGGCAUCAUCGUUAAUAAUGAUUGUGUGGUGCGAGCGAAAUACCACAAGUUUUACCACCCCAAAGAGUGCCACAUAUCCAACGGGAUCCUGAACCGGGCUGUCCUGAAGAGCAUCAUGAAGAUGCCAAACUACACCAGCGAAUCUGAUGAUUACCUCGAGGAACCUGCGACCCCUAAUUUCGUGUACCCGUACGGCGCUACGCUGACUGUCAAAAAGCCCGCGGCCGCCAUUUUGUCCAGCAGUGACGUCUGCUAUCCGGUGAAGAGACCUGUUGCCGCUAUGUACUCAUCAGAGAAGACUGGAGGCAAACUGUUUGUGAUCGGCUCCGGACACUUCUUCACGGACCAGUACUUAGAGUGCGAGUGCAAUGAUCUCAUCAGAGAGCUGGUGUUCAACCACCUGGGCGGUGUCAUGGACCUGCAUCUCAACCCAGUCGAUGUUGAGGACCCUGACGUGAACGAGUACCGCACCCUGGGUGACGUGUCGUGGCUGAGCACGGUCCCGCUGCCGGUGCCGGCCACAGCACCGCCGCCGCGCCUCACGCCGCUGCACCCGCACGCGCUCUUCACCUGGAGACUUUUCUCCCUGAAUCUGGCGCAGCGUCAGUAUAUGUCUGAUACCUCUUCCACACCUGCUAGAUAAAACUGUACUUAUUACUUAAAUAACCGUCUAAUUAUUUGGUGCUAAAGAUACAGUGUAGCUGUACGCUCCAUCGCCUGAAUACAAAAAUUUAUCGCCCCCCUAAAACCUCUUUGAUUUGUGUUGAAAAACCGCUGAUCAAUUUAUUUAGCAUCUAUCGUCACGCAAUUCGAUAGCUGCUCAUGAUUUCCCACAAGCUUCGUUUGAGGAAAUAGUCGCUGGUGUGGGAGAAGCAUCUGGUGUAGGAGUACUCAAGCGCUUUUCACCUGGAGACUAUCCUCGCUGAACCUGGCGCAGCGUAAGUAUAUGUAUAUCAGCCCCCCUAGCAUGAGCACCGUGAUAUAAUAUAAAACUCGUUUUUAUCAUGCUUAAUUGUCAAAUUACUAUGGAGUUUGAGAGUUCGACACGAUAAAAAUCGUGUUAGAAUCUAUGUGUAUCUAUGUGUGUAUAUUGUGGUGCUCAUGCUACAGGGACAGUACCGCACUCUUCACCUGGAGACUGUUCCCCCUUAACCUAGCGCAGCGUAAGUAUACGUCUAUCAGGUGUACAGUACCGCACCCUUCACAUGGAGACUGUUCUCCCUGAACCUGGCACAGCGUGAGUAUCCAUUCAUCAUUUAAAUAAUCUGCUACAACGCCGUUCCUGCAGGUGCCCCUAGUGACGAGCAUGCCGCAUGACAGACGAGAUGACAACACUUAAGCUUUUGUCUUUUUUAAAGAUCCAGCAAAUCACUCUGUGCUCCACGCUGAUGUUAUAUUUCCAGUGUAGUACAAUUGCUAAUUAAUGUGGCACAAAAUUUUAAAGCGUCCUUCUUGGUGCGGAGUACGAGACGAAAUACCUUACUUGGUUCCAGCUGCACCUGAAUUCUGCAGUUAUUGCCUAAACCAAGCCGCACAUGGAUUACAUGGUGCAUUUAUAGCCCGUUCCCUUUAUCUAAAACUAUUUCAGUGGAAAAAAUGUGAAUGCCCAGCUAUGAAGAGGAUCAAAGGUAGAUGACGGGAACCACUCUGCGUUGGACGCAUCUAAUACACUAAAAGAUAAAUGGUUCCCGAAUGGUUUUAUCAUGCUAUAUCUAUAUUUAUUAUAUAUUUUUUCAGUACCUGAAGUACUGGGACUGUAUGAAGCUCUUGGAGUGAAACAUGAACCUCUGCGCCUCAUCGCACCACAGUUCGAAACGCCAUUUCCACCGUUACAAUUAGCCGUUUUCCCGCCUACGUUCCGGGAGCCUCCCCCUCCGCCCCUGGAGCUGUUCGACCUGGACGAGGCCUUUAGCUCGGAGAAGUCCCAGCUGGCCCGCCUGGCUAAUAAAUGUCUACAGCCCAACGCGUCUAAGAUGGGACAAGGUGACGGCCGCCAGUUAGAGAACGAGCUAGAAUACUUCGUGAGAGAGUGCGGUAGAGUAGUCCGUCUGUCUCGCGCACAGCCCACCGAAGAGAUGCCCUCAGCGAAGGUCAUACUCCAUCAGCUAGCGGUACAACUGGCCACUUACAAGAAGAUCGCACCUAAAGAUUAAUUCUUAAGUAUAAAUGUAAAUAAUAAAUGAACUUUGUAAAGAUA